AUGGGCAGGGAAAACCAGACAGGGAUAAGGGAGUUCAUCCUCCUGGGCCUGUCCAGCUGCUGGGACACCCAGGUGUCCCUCUUCUUCCUUUUCCUGGCCAUGUACCUAGUGACCAUGCUGGGGAACUUCAUCCUCCUCCUCCUUAUCAGACUGGACAACAGCCUACAAACACCCAUGUAUUUUUUCCUCAGCAUCCUGUCAUUAGUGGACAUCUGCUAUACCAACAGUACUGUCCCACAGAUGCUUGUUCACUUCCUGUCAGCCCGGAAGUCCAUCCCGUUCCCCGGCUGCGUGCUCCAGCUCUGGGUGUCCCUGGCCAUGGGCAGCUCCGAGUUCUUCCUGCUGGGGGCCAUGGCCUACGACCGCUACGUGGCAGUGUGCCACCCCCUGCAUUACACAGUCAUCAUGCACGGAGGGCUGUGCCUGGGGCUGGCUGCCGGCUGUGUGGUGGCCGGCUUCGUGAAUUCCCUGCUGCAGACAGCCAUCAUCUUUCGGCUGCCUUUGUGCUGCAAUGUGAUUAAUCACUUCGCUUGUGAGAUGUUGGCUGUGCUGAGGCUGGCCUGUGGGGACAUCUUGUUCAACAGGGUCAUGGUGGCCAUCUCAGGGUUUCUGGUGAUCAUGCUUCCCUGUUCCCUGGUCCUUUUCUCCUACGGUCAUAUAGUGGCUGCCAUUCUGCGUAUUCGCUCUGCUCAGGGACGUAGCAAAGCCUUUGGCACCUGCGCCUCCCACCUCACUGUGGUGACCAUGUGCUUUGGCACGGCCAUCUUCACAUACAUGAGACCCGCGGCCGGGCCCUCAGCAGAACAGGAGAAGAUGGUCGCCCUGUUCUAUGCUGUGGUGACUCCAAUGCUGAACCCUUUAAUCUAUAGCUUGAGGAACAAGGAGGUGAUGAAUGCCCUAAGGAGAGUGCUGGGAAAACUUAGUGAAAACAGGUAA